UGUGAACAUGUUCAGCUCUCGGUGAUGUUCAGGGGUCCACAAAUACUGGUUUGGGCUUGUAACUUAAGGUCACUGCAGCUGUCAAAGGAAUUUCGCCUUCUUGCUUUCUCUGAACACAUUGACUCAACAUGUUUGGAAGUAAGACACAUUCGUGCUAGGAGACAUGAUCAAAUCCAUGAAAAAAGCACAAAGACUUUAUGCUGUUCAUCUCAGCUGACGUCUUUCAGCACAGACAGUGAGAAUUAUCAGCUAGAAGGCCUUAUAUCUGAAACCCCCAUUUCCAAAGCCAUUCUGAAAAGCCGCUGUCAUCACCCUCAGGUCUCUGCCAAAACCAAAGCACCUUAUAUUUUCAGCACUUUCUGGCACUGUUUAUUCAACAGGACUUCCUGGCCUUUGGAUCUUAGCCCGGCUACAUCUUAUAAUAUACCAGCACUUAAUCCCCGGGUCUCAAACCAGCUCUACUGUCGAGCACAAAACAACUAUCACUCCGUCCAUCAAAUCAGAACUGUUCAUCAGGCUGUCCCUCAUGUAACAGACAUCUGGAAGGACUGCCUGUCCCUUGAGAACGAAAACAGAUGUCGACAGAUCCUGCAGGCCAACUGGAAGCACUACGACAUGGACAAAGUGAGGCAAGGGGCCGGCCAGGCUCAAGGACAGAACAAAGGGAAGUGGGCUUCGAUCUUGAUUUCCCUCUGCUACGAUAAAGGAGGACCGGCGUUUCUGUUUACUCUGCGCUCCUGUAUGCUGAAGGGCAAGCACAAAGGAGACGUCAGCUUUGCUGGAGGAAAGGGUGAUCCAUCAGACAGAGAUGUAGUGGCCACUGCAUUGCGGGAAGCCAGAGAGGAGCUGGGAGUUACUAUUCCAGCUGAAAGGGUCUGGGGUGUCAUGAAACCUCUGAGGGACACAUCAGGGAUGAUGAUUGCUCCGGUGUUGGCUAACCUUGGUCCUCUUGAGGAGUUGGCAUUCAAACCAAACCCAGAGGAGGUGGACGAGAUCUUCACCUUGUCCUUGUCACACCUGUCCAAUCCGCAGAAUCGCGGCUACACAAACUUUCGUACUGGCAACAAGUAUGGAUACACACUACCAGUGUUUCGUAACAGCAAACACCGAGUAUGGGGUCUGACUGCAGUCGCUCUGGACCAUACUCUCAAACUUCUUAUACCUCCAUAUGGAUCUGUUACUGAGGUUUUCAAUGGCUGAACGCUUCUUUUUGUAGCAGACCUCAAUAAUCGGUUAAGAAAAUCUGGAUUUCUUACAUCCGGUCGAAUGUUUAAUAAUUCUGUUGUGUUUAUUAACGUGUUAGGAGACGGAUCUUUUCUCUUAUGCAUUUGAUGAUUAUAUAUUAUAAUCUUUUAUGAGGAAUCAAGACAGCAGUCAGAUUUUUUGACCUCACUGAAAGGCACUGUUGAAGGUUUUCUUCUGUUCUUUUUUUUUGAAGUAAAGUGAAGGAGAAUAUUUAAGUGUUUGACUAAAACACAAGGAAACUUGUGAUGUCAUAUAGUGAACCAAGCACAAAUAGAAAAAGAGUUUACCUUCUUAGUUCAUUGUUGAUCAAAUCCUAAAUAAUCAAGGCUUUUCAUAUUUGUUGAAGAACAAUGCAAUAAAAAAAUUAUUUUAAA